AUUUAAAUAAAUUUUCUUCCCACUCUCUCUCUGUGACUCCACUUCCAUCUCUCUCUCUCUUUCUCUCUCUCUCUCUCUCCUCCCAACAAAGCCGGACGACCCCAAGUCAAGAAAUCAAAGACAAUCGCAGACGACACACGGUGCACACACUUCCCGGGCCCGAAUUUGGUGCCUUGAUUCUUGCCAGAGAGCAGUGGUCUUUUGGUGCUUGAGUCCUUGGUCUUUUCUUGAGCUUUUUUCGAUGGCUACUAUAAAUUCCCAUGAAGCAUCUCCUUCGACUUCUCGACGGAGUUAUGAAGCUUAUUUGAGCUUUAGGGGCGUAGACACUAACAAAAGAUUCGCUGACCACCUCUACCGUGCUUUGAUGAGAAAAGGAUUGUCCACCUUUAGAGAUGAUGAUGAGCUAGAAAGAGGAGAAGACAUCAUGCCCGAACUCCAAAAGGCCAUUGAAGGGUCAAGGGUUUCUAUAAUUGUCCUCUCAAAGAACUACGCAUCCUCAAGGAGGUGCCUUGAGGAACUUGUGAUGAUCCUCAAAUGCAGGUCUUCAGGACAUUUAAUUCUCCCUGUCUUCUAUGACGUGGAUCCAUCUGAAGUGAGAACACAAACUGGCAGUUUGAAAGAGGCAUUUAUGAGGCAUGAAAGGAGAAUUGAAAUGGAAAUGGGUGAACAAAAAGAAUAUUUGAAGGGCAAGGUGCAAGAAUGGAGGAUGGCGCUCAAAGAAGUUGCAAAUUUAGCAGGGUUUCAUCUCUCACAAAAUAUUUUUGAGGCAUAUAAAAGCAAGAUUAUCCAGCAUGUCCGCGUCAUAGUAACUGAAUUUGUCACUAUAAACAACCGAGCACACCCUGGCAGCCAUGAUGGGAAUUACUUUUGUGCGUCUUGUAACAUGUGUGUGUCUGGUCUCGAGGACGAAAGAACGAGGGGAAAACGAAGCAGGGAUGAGAUGUCUUCCCACGUGUUUAGUUUGGAUAUUCUCCAACAACAUUUUGGCAAUAAACGUGAAGAUGUUGCGAAGAGCCUUGGCAUUAGCAUAUCCACCCUUAAGCGCAACUGUAGGUAUCAUGGCAUUCCUCGGUGGCCAAACCGGAUAAGAAACAAUGCUGUGUACAGUGAAAUUGAAGCAGCAAGGGGUUCCUCUAAACGGGUGUUUCAACUGGAGGGUCAAACAACGCAGUCCACGAACAGGGAAGGGAUAUCUUCCCAUGUAUUUAGUUUGGAUAUUCUCCAACCGCAUUUUGGCAGUAAACGUGAAGAUGUUGCAAAGAGCCUUGGCAUUAGCGUAUCCACCCUUAAGCGCAUCUGUAGGUAUCAUGGGAUUCCUCGGUGGCCAAAUCGGAUAAGAAGCAGUGUCUCGGGACUUCCUAAUCCAUAUGGAGAAAAGAAUCCAUUACCCACGUUCAAUACGCUAUCAACUAAUGGGCAGACCACAAUGGAAAAUGAAGUGGGUGGUCAAAAUUUGGAGCCGAAUGAAUGUCUACCGGAUUCUUUUGACGACCCAAACUUUCAGAAUACACGAAUUGGUUCAAUAUCAGAAUUUGGAAAAACUCCUACUUUUUAUGAUUCUUUAUCCGGUCAUUGUCACGAUGCGGAAUUUUGUUUUUCAGCAGUGUACAGUGAAACUGAAGUAGCAGGAGAUUCCUCUGAAUGGGUGUUUCAACUGGAAGGUCAAACAACACAGUCCAUUGCCUGUGCAAAUAGCAAUGCUCUUGUGUUUCCACAACGUCAUAUAGCAUCAGAAGAGGUGCUAAAUGAGAACGGGGGGAGUUCGGAAGAUAGGAGAGAUUCGUUAGCUUCACAAGCAGAGGCUUCUUUUGAGGGACAUGUCUCUGAAUCGAGUAAUUUGACGGUUCUUGCAUGUUCUGAUGCAGCUGCUCCUAACCAACCUUUGGCUACGAUGCCUACGGUUCCCAACAUUAUACCUCACGUAACCGGGGGUUCCUCUGAAACAUUUCAACUUGAGAAAGAAAUGGGUGGUCAAAUUCGAGAGCCAAAUGAGUUUCUGCCAGAUUCUUUUCAAGACCCAAGCUUAUGCGAUGCAGGAAAUGAUUCAAUAGUGGAGAUUGGAAAAACUCCUGCUUUUCAUGAUUCUUUCCACGGUAAUCAUUGUGAUGUCGAAUUUUGUUUUUCAUCCGUGUAUAAUGAAACUGGAGCAGCAGGGGGUUCCUCUAGAUGGGCAUUUCAACUGGAAGGUCAAACAACUCAAAUCCCUUCUUAUCCAAUUCCCGAUGUUCUUGUGUCAAAGCCUCAUAUAGCAUCAAUAGAGGUGCUGAGUGAAAAUAUGGGGAGAGCAGAAGAUAGGAGAAUUUUGUUACCUUCACAAGAGACUUCACAAAAAGAGGCUUUUUUACAGGGACAUGUCUUUGAAUCUAGUAAUUUGACAGUUCCUACAUUUUCUGAUGCUGCAGCUCCUAGCCAACCUUUGGCUACCAUUCUCCACACGAUUCCUACAAUUCCCCCCAUGGUACCUCGCCUCACUGGGGGUUCCUCUGAAUUCUCUGGAUGUCCAAAUCUUAGUGGUAUUGUGGAUCCACACCCUCAGAUAACAUCAACACAAAUCCUAAGUGAGAAUAUGAGAACUCUAGAAGAUUUGGGCAUUUUUUUAGUUUCACAAGAGCCUUUUAUGGAGGGAUGUGGCUCUGGAUCUAUUAACCCGACAAUCCCUUCAUGUUUGGAUCCAGCUCCGAGCCAACAACCCAUGAUGCCUCCUAGUAGUCUUGUGGAUCCACACCCUCAGAUAGCAUCAACACAAAUCCUAUGUGACAAUAUGGGAACUUCAGAAGCUUUGAGCAUUUUUUUAGUUUCACAAGAACCUUUUAUGAAGGAAUCUGGCUCUGGAUCUAAUAACCAGACAAUCCCUUCAUGUUUGGAUCCAGCUCCAAGCCAACAACCCAGGAUGCCUCCUCUCAUAGCAAGCCAAGAUACAAGCUCCGUGAGGGUUAAGGCAACAUAUGGGCGCACCACAAUAGCAUUUAAGCUUUCUUUCGCAUCUGGAAUUAUUCAACUGAAGGAAGAAGUGUCAAAGAGAUUGUGGUUCGAGCUUGGUAAUUUUGACCUUAAGUACAAGGAUGCGGAUGGGGACUUGGUUUCAAUAGUCUGUGACGACGACGUAAGGGAUUAUCUGCAACUUCUCACCUCAUUGGGAAAUCAAGUAAGCAAACUAUUUGUUUCUUGAUAAAAUUCCCAAUACCACGAAGUUUAGGGAUAACUGCGGAUGUGAUUACUGCCCAUUAUUGAAGCGGAAAAUACCAAGGUAUGUUGAGUUGUAGAAUAGUAUCACAUGGUUGACACCAGUUCCAUGUUCUAUGUGUAGCGGCACAUUUUCUUACCAUAUUUUCCUUUGCUAAAUCAGAAUAUUUCCGGUAUUGUGCAUUCAGCUGGACCUCUCUUUGUUUUGGCUUUGGUUUUAUGUAAAUUUAGGUGGUGAUAUUUGUUUGUGUAAA